AUGGCGAAGCCCGGCGCCGUUCUUUACGCUUUCAACAUCCACAAUCUCGACAGCUCGCAGAUCCUCCAGGAAGUGGAGCUCAACUUCAAAGGCCCCGUCUUCACGCCGUCGCUCAGCGCGUUGCUUCCUCGCUGCAUGCCCACGGUGGCCUUCCCCUACAUUUCCUCGAUCCACGUCGCGGAGAACCACAUUCUCUGCUGCACCACGCAUCGUCUCUUCUAUUUAUUCUCCGUGCCUGAGUCGGGUAGUUCCUCUUCGCUCGCUCCAUCGCUAGAAUCGUUCAACGCGCCUUCGCUCUCUCGCCUCCCCGUUCAAUUCGUCACCAAAGGCGAGCUUCGAACCGAUUGGUGGGUCCGCCGCGGACUCUUCGUGGUUUCCCAGCGCGCCGUCGAGCUGGAAACCGGCGAGUCCUCGCUCGUCACGUGCAACGACGUGCUGGUGUGGUCCUGGGACGACGCUGUGUAUCUUUCGCAUCUCACCGAAGACGCGGAGGAUUCGCUGCUCUUCGCGCAAGUCAAACAAAUCGUUUUCUGCGACUAUCGCGAUCGCGGCGUUCUCCAAAACCCCAUGAAUCUCGAGACCUUUCUCCUCUUCUCCCUCAGCAACUACUACACCGCUUGGUUCCCCGCGACUUCUUCUCUCCCUUCUUCCGUCUCUCAUCCGCAUCGUCUCGUCGAGUCACAGACCUGCGGCGCGAUCUGGGCCUUUUUAUGGAGCGACUGCGUGCUUCUAUCGAUGCUCCCCAACAACACAGCCACCGUCAUCAACAGUAGUAGUAGUAGCAGUAGUAGUAGCACCAGCACUACCACUGCUACUACCGGCACCACUACCAUCGGCAGUAGCGGCUAUAACAGCACCAUCGAGUAUCCGCUCGACUCUCUCGGCCUUCGUCCCAUCGCCGUCUGCGCGUUUCAUCUCCUCCUCGCGGAGCUGCUGCACAGCCAGCAGCUUCUCAUCGCUUCCGGCUAUCUCCAGCAAGCAACGGCGCUGUAUCUCCCCGGCUUCCCCGCCUCUCUCGAGUUCCUUCUCCACUACGCGCUCAACUGCGGCGACUCCACGUUUCUCUCCGCGACGCUGCAGCUGCUCAGCCAGCUGCCCUUCUUCUCGCACAUCCUAGUGCGCUGUCUGCGCAAGCAGGAGCGUUCCAUGUGGCCGUUCGCCGUGCAGAACGCGGAAGACAUCCAGUCGCUCUACCUCGAAUUCCUCUUCAACAACGACAUGGAAUACGCCGUUACCACCAUUUCCAUCCUCCAGGGAUUGCUCUGCUCCGUCGGAAAUGCCUGGAACGCCGCCACGCAGUCCCCCUUGCAGAUCGAAACGUGGAAACAGGCGUUACGGGGCAGCGAGGAGUGGCUUAUCGACGACUACAGCGAAGUGUUCUGCUGCAACGUGGAGGGCGAGUGCGUCGCGCACCUCAGCGGACUCCAGCUGCUGUUUGUGGCGAUUAUCCGCGGGGAAUACGCGCUCCUCGCGGAUAUUUAUCGGUUUUUGCUGAUGGAAGUGAGGAUGGGUCGGGAGUUUUACGUAGGAAGCGCGUCACGACGAGACGGAGAAGCCGAUUCCCGCGGCAUAUUUGGUGUCGCACGUGCUGAGCGUGAUUGUGGAGCAAUUGUUGUUCAAAGGACACACGGAAUCGCUGGUGCAUUUGCUCAAAAGCGUGGAAUUCGAGUGGGACACGGCCAUGCAUCGCGAGGUCGCCAACUAUGCGGACAGUCUGGCGGUUUUGAUGCACGGGAGUGGCUGGCGGAUGGAGCUGCGGGAUGCAGAGCUGGUGAGUCUUCCGACGAGCGAGUCGAAGAUUGGCGCGGAAGGACGAUGGGUUGUAGAUAUUUGCUGCGGCGCUGCAUGACGGCGGAUUGUGCGGAGUGGAGUUUGCUGGUGCUGCUGGUGCUGCUGAAGGAGAAGCAGCUGGUGCAGUUCGCGCGAGCGCGGCCAGAUUUGUGGGAGCAGUGUGUGGAGGACGUUUUGGAAUCGGGGAAUGAGGAAUUGAAGCGAGUCAUCGGGACGGUCCAACAAACACUUCAGUCAAAGCUUGUUUUAUUGCCUGUUUGUUCCAUGCGCACGAUCACUUGA